UGAAAAUUAAUACUAUUAAAUAAUACAUUAAUAUUAGUGCUAGUGUUUUUCAUUUUUCAGAAUGAGAAGAAACAAGAAACCCAACAUAGGGAAAAACGCAUUCUUCUUUCUUGUUGUUGUAUGUAUUUAAGCUGGAUUAUGCUAUCUGGGUUUCCUCUCUGAGACAAUUUAGCUCCAAAGCUGAAACCUUUCUUUUAGGGUCUCACUCACACACCUUUUCCUUCUUCUAUGCUUUUCUCUCUCUAGAACAACAAUGGUAGUAGGAGACAUGUGUUUCCUCUAUAAGGAUAUUUUUGUUAUAAAGGCUCCAAAGAAGUCGCCGAUGUUGUUAAGGACGGCAGUCUUGAUGUUUUCAAUGGUCUGUGUCCUUGUAAUAUUUUCUGUAUGUCUAAAACAGAUAAGCACAGAAGCGAAGACUAAAUUUAUAGACUUCAAAGUCAUUGAUAACCUUACUCGGAGUAGAGUGAAGCAAACACAUAUUCCUUACUUACUACAUUAUCCCAAACCUGUAUCCUUUAACAGGAAUGAGUGUGCGCCUAAUCCUGUCAUGUUCUUUACCAUAUUGUCAAAUCAGAGAUCGGGAAGUGGGUGGUUUGAGACCCUUUUGAAUAGCCACGUAAAUGUAAGCUCGAAUGGCGAGAUAUUUUCUGUUAGAACGAGAAGGCAAAAUGCUUCUUCUGUUUUGCAGACUUUAGAUAGAGUAUACAAUUUGGACUGGCUCAGUAGUGCCUCUAAGAACGAGUGUUCUGCUGCAAUUGGCUUCAAGUGGAUGCUUAAUCAGGGAAUAAUGGAGCACCACAAGGAAAUAGCAGAAUACUUCAAGCAUAGAAGUGUUUCUAUCAUAUUUCUUUUCAGGAGAAACUUACUGCGCAGGAUGGUGUCUAUGCUUGCCAAUUCCUAUGAUCGUUAUGCCAAGCUGUUGAAUGGAACACAUAAAUCUCAUGUACACUCUGCAGAAGAGGCUGAUAUUCUUUCUAAGUACAAGCCUUUCAUAAAUUCAACAUCAUUGCUGGAGGACUUGAAGGAUAUGGAGAUGAAAGCUGAAAAGGCGUUAGAAUACUUCAAUAGCUCUCGGCAUAUGAUUCUGUACUAUGAGGAUCUUAUGAGAAAUCACACUAAGCUAAAAGAUGUGCAAGAGUUUUUAGGAUUACCAGAAAUGAAGUUAACGAGCCGGCAAGUUAAGAUACAUAAAGGACCAUUAUCAGAUCAUAUCCAGAACUGGGAUGAUGUUAACAAGGUGUUGACAGGAACCGUUUAUGAGAGUUUCCUUGAAGCUGACUAUUAAGUAUUGGUCUCUUCUAACAGUACAAAAGUUGUACAUAACAACUUCACUUCACUUCAUAGUUCUUUUGUCUCAGAAAAGCCUCUAGAGUUUGGUUUUGGUGGCUCUGGAACACUGCCUCGGUGUUUCUGAUGCAUUUAUCUUGUGAUCACCACCUCCUAAUUGAUGAAAUGAAAUGAAUGUCUAUGUUCAUUAUAAUCCCUUUUAAUUUUCCGCUUUGAGUCAACAUGUAUAUAUGCCAUUGUCACCUUAUUAAUUUAUGUGAAGUACAGCAUUUGUUUUACUCACAACUAA